AUGUCGAAACUCUCAGACGCCGUCAAGGCUCUCAUCAAUGCCCCCGCCGCCAGUCCGGGCUUGACCAAGGCCUCGGCUCAAGUGAAGCCUGCGCUGGCGCGGUUCGCGAGCAGUGCAGCAGAGAAAAAGGUCGGACUGCCGGCGUGGAUCACAAUGUCGACGGCCGUGAGCGCAACGCUAAACUGCCCCGAAGCCAUGACAUCAAUAUUCCACGUUGCCAACGAACAGUCCUCUGGAGGCGGCGGCGGCAGCAGCCGGACGCCCGCGCAAAACGCCGAGCUGAUCCGCGAGGUCGGGCUCAAGUGCAUCUCCUUCAACGGCAUCCCGCGGUCCAUCAACACCCUGGGCGCCUUUUACGGCAGCCUGCCGACCGACGUGGCCGCGCAGCUGUCGCAGACGGCGCGCCCGACGCGCCAGCUCACGCCCCAGAACCUCGAGGCCCGCCAGCGCGACGGCCUCGCCCUCUGGGACUCGGUCUACGUCGGCUUCGAGCGCAAGCUCCUCGACAAGCUCGGCCAGAGCCACCCGGACCUGCCCGUGCACAUCCUCAACGGCCACUACUCGAACCUGCUGUCCAACCCGCGCGGCGAGGCCCGCCCCGCCGGCGGCACCGUCGGCCGCGUGCUGACGAGUCUCGUGGCCAUUUCCUGUCUGCGCACUCAGACGGGUGUCGGGCCCCAGGUGGUUUCGCACAUUUUCGGACUGCGCAAGGCCUAUGAGUUUGGCGACGCCCGGGCCGAGGGCGAGGAGGAGGUCCAGGGCGGCGAGUGGCUGGCGAGUGAUGAGGGCAAUCUUUGGAUGCUGGAGCAGAUUGACGGUCUGGCCAACGUCAUUACGGGCGGAUCGGGGACGACUUUUGCCCCUGGUCUCCGGGCGAAAUUGUAA